CCCGUUUUUCGGUCGAAAUCAAAGAUGUCAUCAACCGAGAAAACCAAUGCUGCCGGCGGCGACAAGCUAAGCAUGAAGCUGCUGGUGAACAGCAAGUCCCAGCGCGUGCUGUACGCCGAGGCUGGGAAGGACGUCGUGGACUUCCUAUUCUCCCUCCUCACGCUGCCGCUGGGCACGGUGGCCAAGCUGAUCGCCGACGACAGCCCCGCGGCCGGCUCCGUGGUCAACCUCUACAGCAGCGUCGACAAGCUCGACGACACCUACAUCUGCCGCGACAACGCCAAGGACGCCCUGCUCAGGCCCGCCGGCGGCUGCGAGAGCGGGAAGCUGCUCCAGCUUCCGGAGGCAAAGGCGCCGCAAACCACACUGCAAAUCUUCCGCUGCAUCGGCACCUACGUACCCAACUGCAGGAGCUACGUGACCAUGGUAAGUGGGACGACGUGUGGAAGCUGCGGCGCAAGGAUGACGACUCAGGCGCAGCUUGUUGGCUCCGUCGGCGGCGCUGGGUCGCCUGCUGCGGCGGCAGGGGCCGCCGGGUUUGUGCAGCGGAUCGUGACGUACACGGUGAUGGAUGACCUCAAGAUCGCGCCCAUGUCGACCAUCUCCGGGAUCACCAUCCUCAACACCUUUGGCAUCACGGACAUCGGCUCGCUCCAGGAGAAGACCGUGCAGCUUUGCUACGCCGAGGUUUGGAGAUGCUGAAGGCGUCACUGCAGUCGAAGACUGUUCUCACCGACGUCUUCCUUGGAAAGAAGCGGAAGGCCUCAAGCCCUUGAGCGAUAUUAGUUGUCACUGCAGUCGAAGACAGUUCUGACUGUUCUCACCAACUUCCUUGGGAAGAAGCGGAACGCCUCGCCCUUGAGCGAUAUUAGCUGCGGCGUCCUUGUUGAUUUUGUUUGCUUUGCUUUGUUGAACAUUUUAUACAAUGUCUGCUCUUAGGAACAGGAAACAAAAACAUGAAUCCUGUUAAACAAACGUUUUCGUGGAAAUGGUUUUGUGAGGGAACAUUC